GAAGAAACCUCAUUAAAAACAGCAAGAAGUUUGCACCCGUCAAAUUUCAAAUAGAAGCAAAUCAUUUCCUCCGCAACCACAACCAAUAAAACCCCCAAACCCUGGAGGAUAUUGUGGAUAAUGAGUCCUGGCAUCUGUUGGCUUUGCAACAUCUUCAGAGAUGGCACAAAUGGAAUCGCUUCAAAAGUAAGUCUGGAGGAAGUGCUGCAGUGGUCUCAGUCUUUUGAAAAACUAAUGGCUACUAAAUAUGGGCCUAUUGUCUACAAAACCUACCUGAAGACUGAAUACAGCGAUGAGAACAUUGAAUUCUGGUUUGCUUGUGAAAAGUAUAAGAAGAUUGUAUCGCAGAGGAAAAGAAUGUCGGUGGCACAGAAACUUUUCAAGGAAUAUAUACAGCCUCAGGCUCCGAGGGAGAUUAACAUGGAUAGUCAAGCAAGAGAAGCUGUUAUCACAAACAUUCAAGAAGCAACACAGUCCUGUUUCAACGAAGCCCAGAAAAUUGUUUACAUGCACAUGGAAAGGGAUUCCUACCCAAGGUUUCUAGGUUCAGAAAUCUAUCGAAAUCUUUUCCUUACACUUUCAAGCAGACAGAAACCACUGGUGUCUAUGAAAGAGGGAGAAUGAGAACUCGGAGGGGGCCAUUUUCGUCAUCUGUUUUUGAGCCUUAUCAUAAACAAGAGAAAAACAAGACACUAACGGAACAUACAUGCAACACAGAUAAAUCUCAUGGGCGUAGG